GCCCUUUUUCGCGCUCUCCCCGCCCGUCCCGCCGUGCCUUCCGCUUCCGGCCGCGCCCUUCCUCUCCCACAGCGCCCCGCGCCGCGCCAUGGACCACAAUGACAAUGAUUUGCAAGGAACAAAUAGUUCAGCGUCAUUGGGUGGUCUUGAUGUUCGCAGAAGAAUCCCAAUAAAGCUGAUCUCAAAGCAGACCAAUAAAACCAAACCUGCACCUCGGGCUCCCAGAGCUAUGAACAGGAUGCCUGCAAAGACACAAGCUGGGGAUGAAGAAGAAUUUGAUUUCAAUGAAGAGGAGCGAUACGAAUGCAAAGGAGGUGAAAUGUUUGGAAAUCAAAGGAGAUUCCCCGGACCCAUAUUUUGGGACUAUAAGAUAAACUUGCUGGGGGAGAAGGAUGAUACGCCCGUCCAUUUCUGCGAUAAGUGUGGGUUGCCCAUCAAAAUGUAUGGGCGCAUGAUACCUUGCAAGCAUGUUUUCUGCUAUGACUGUGCUAUACUACAUGAGAAGAAGGGAGACAAGAUGUGUCCUGGCUGUAACGAACCUGUCCAGCGCAUCGAGCAGUGUGUGCGAGGGUCUCUCUUCAUGUGCAGUAUAGUCCAAGGGUGCAAGAGAACUUACCUGUCACAGAGAGACUUACAGGCUCACAUCAACCACCGCCAUAUGAGAGCUGGAAAGCCUGUGACUCGUCCUCCUCUUGAACCCGUGCAUCCUCCCAUUGCCCCUCCGCCUGCUGAGAUCCCAGAGCGUUUCAUAAUGCCUCCAGAGAAACACCACAUGAGCCACAUUCCGCCGAAGCAGCACAUCAUGAUGCCGCCGCCUCCCUUACAGCACGUGCCGCACGAGCAUUACAACCAGCCGCACGAAGACAUCCGCCCGCCUCCUGCCGAGAUGUCCAUGGCUCCGCCGCCGCCUCGCCCGGUCAGUCAGGACACCUUCCGCAUCUCUACGAGAAAACACAGCAAUUUGAUAACCGUCCCUAUUCAGGAUGAUUCGAAUUCGGGUGCUCGAGAGCCACCUCCGCCCGCCCCGGCACCUGCUCAUCAUCACCCCGAGUAUCAGGGCCAACCAGUGGUAACGCACCCGCACCACAUUAUGCCUCCGCAGCAACAUUAUGCGCCGCCCCCCCCUCCGCCUCCUCCAAUAAGCCAUCCUCUGCAGCAUCCUCCCCAGGCGGCAGGCACACCUCACAUGGUGUAUAGCCAAGCUCCUCCGCCGCCAAUGACCUCUGCUCCUCCUCCGAUAACCCCGCCGCCUGGACAUAUCAUUGCCCAGAUGCCGCCGUAUAUGAAUCAUCCUCCUCCGGGACCUCCCCCCCCUCAGCACGGAGGCCCUCCCGUAAAUGUCAGUGCCCCCCCUCCCCAUCACUAUAACCCUAACUCUUUGCCACAGUUCAGUGAAGAUCAAGGAACUCUUAGUCCCCCUUUCACGCAGCCAGGGGGCAUGAGUCCAGGGAUUUGGCCGGCUCCCAGAGGGCCACCUCCACCUCCGAGGAUGCAGGGGCCUCCUGCUCAGGCCCCUCUUGCUGGACCGCACCACCCUGAUCAAGCCAGAUACAGACCCUAUUACCAGUGAUCUCAGCAAUUGUACAAAUAGAGAGCGCUAUGAAGAGGAUAAAACUAUAUACAGCAGCCUUUUAACUAAUUGUAUGGGGGUUGUUUUGUUUUUUUUUUAAAUACUGUCAUUUUGACUGUAAGACAUUUUGGGGUUUGAAUCUUUAAUGAUUUUUAAGCCUUGGCUGUAGGACUCUGACUUCAAAUAUUCUGUAGUGCUAAAAUAAGUGGCUUAGUAGACCACAGUUGCAUUUUAACUGAACUUCUGUCUAUAGUGUGGCUAAUUGUCCUAAGAUGAACACUUGUAAUAUCACUUUCUGGAGAAAAUGAACAUGUGUUGUACCAUUCUGAAUAUUGUUUUUGUUUAAAUCCAAUGUUUAGUUUUCACUUGUGAUACAUUUUUGUUAACCUGUGUACAAUAAUUAAAUUGAACUAUGGUUGUAAAA